AAUUCAUUGUUUAUAUAAAAGAUCGAUGUUAUUUAUAGCCACUGACAAGUCCAACUUCUUACUAGUUGUAUCAAAAAUUAUCUAAACAAUGCCAACUGUAGAAAAAGUAACUGAAAGCUGUGGUUUGGGGGAAGGACCCCAUUGGGACGCUUCCAGUCAAAGUUUGUUUUUGGUUGACGUACCAAGAAAACAGAUACUGAAGUAUACACCAUCGACCAACAAACUGACGAAAGUUACACUUGAAAAACAAGCUUCAUUUGUAAUACCUGUAGACGGAAAAAAGAACGAAUUCGUUAUUUCACAAGGAAACGAACUGGCUAUAAUAUCCUGGGACGGCGAAAGUGACAACAUCAAAAUCGUGCAAAAUAUCUGUGGAGUGGAGACUUCAACCGAAACCCCGAAAUCAUUCAACGACGCUAAAUGUGACUCCUUGGGGAAACUAUGGGCGGGAACUCUCAGCAUCGCCGCAGACUUCGCCAAAACCCAACCCGUAGGCACUCUAUACAGUAUUGACACCAAAAAGCAACUCAAAAGUCACGUCGACAAAAUCUUCUGCUCCAAUGGACUAGCCUUCAACGACCAAACACAGAAAAUGUUUUACAUCGACUCUUUGGCAGGCAGCGUUGACCAGUUUGACUUUGAUCUAGCCAGUGCCACCAUCUCCAACCGAAAACCCUGGUUUACUUUAAAAAAAUUGGGCAUCCCUGGUUUUCCCGACGGAAUGACCAUAGAUUCCGAUGGCAAUCUAUGGGUCGCAGUUUUCGGAGGAAGUCGUGUACUGAAACUGGAUGGUCAUAAAUCUGAAACUUUGCUGGACACGGUUAACAUUCAGACUGAACAGGUAACUUCUGUGGCUUUCGGGGGACCAAAUUUGGAUGAGCUGUACGUCACUACAGGGGGUAUAGAAUUCGGAGAAAUGAAACCAAGUGGUCCUGGUGCGGGUGCUGUAUACAGGGUUACAGGACUUGGAACUAAAGGCCUCCCAGCUGUUAAUUUUAAACUUAAUGUGUAAAUUUACAUCUGUUGUGUAAUAUUUUUUAAUUGCAAUAAAAUGCAUCGUAAUGGUUUGGAUAAGAGAUCAAAAGAUUAUACAA